UCAGUGGUAUCACACCUUGCAGGACAGAAAUGUCCGCCCGGAGUGUACAGGACCGGGGAGAGAAUCUGUCCCUGAUAUUUAUAAAAACCCUAGAUGAUGAAGCCUCAAGCGCCGUCGUUCGAAAGUCCUCAACCCCAAGACUUGCUGGGAACACACAAGAUUCACAGCUCAGGACAUUUUCAUAUUUCACCUUUCAAGGCAUUUGCACAGACUUGGUGUGUAGCCAAACCAUCAUUAGGUCAUGAUACUCUGGUAAACGUGGAAAGCUAUGCAUGCAAUUUCGCGGAUUGCUUUUCAAUUCAUAGUGGAGAUCCAUGCUUUGUCACGUCGAACUUGUUUAGUCGUGCAUCCUUUGCCAUGAAUGCUUACUACCAAGAGGAACAUGAUUGCAAAUUCGGUGGCUCUGGACUCAAAUCUAUUACCGAUCCAAGCUAUGGGAACUGCAUUUUUGUAGGUUCAGAAAAGAUGAUUUCUCCUCAAGCAGCUCUGAGUAAAUGGUGUAUUGCAAAGCCAACUGCCCCUUACAGUUUACUCCAAAGGAACAUUGACUUCGCUUGUAGUCAAGUCGAUUGUAGCGUAAUUCAAACCGGUGGCAAAUGCCAAUUAGCAGACACUGUCAUGAACCUUGCAUCAGUUGCCAUGAAUCUCUCUCUUCUAUCAAGAUUCUAAUAGAACAGAUUCAAGCUGUCAUUUCAACUCGACCGGCAUGAUUGUGAUUGAAGAUCCAAGUUUUGGAACUUGUUUGUACGAAGGAGAAGGGGAGGAAGGAGGUCCUGGUGUCCCUGUGAGUCAGGCAGUGAAGCAGGGGAAAUUUAGUGACAUUCUAAAAUUAGUGGUUGGGUUUAUAACUGCUAUUGGGUUGGUAUUGACUAUAACUGUUGCGUGCCGGUGUUCUUGGAAGCUCGAAGGAGAAAUGCAAAAUAACGCAAAACUUUCAACCUCAGCCGCCCUUCAGUCCCAGUCAAAUCCAACCAUCGAUCAUUCUUAGUGACGGUAUCAGGUCUCUCGGAGACCGUGUCUUCGUCCCACGAUAUCACAAUAUGAUAUUUUAAAAAAAAAAAAAAAAAAAAGUAAUAUUGUGCCACCUUAUGUAAUUGUGUAUCAGGGUCAC